AUGGAAAAUAGGACAAAUGAAGGUCACUAUGACUUUCUCACGGGUUUUGGGUUCUCAGAACCAGGUGGUACAUCAUCAUCAUCAACAUCAGGUGCAUAUGGGAAUCAGAAUAAUAAUAAUAAUCAGCAUCAAGAACAUCCAAUGGAACAACAGCAAGAGACAAUGGCUAGAUUUAAUGAUGUGCAGAAAGCCAUGAUCACCAGUAUGCUCAACGAGAGUCUUGUAAACACAGUAUCAAAACCCCAGGUAGCCAUUUUUUUAAAAGAUCGUCCAGAGUUGUGGUUUAUACUCGUCGAAGCUGAGUUUAAUGCAUUAAAAAUUAGAAAUGACGAGACUAAAUAUUACUCAGUCAUUCGUGCACUUGACGCUGAAACAUUACAACAGGUUACUGAUAUAUUACACAAUCCACCAGUAAUUGAUAAAUACAGACGUAUAAAAGAAGCUAUUAUUCAGAGAACUUCAAUCUCUCGCGAAAAGCAAAUACAUAAACUUCUGAGAGAGAUGGAUUUAGCAGACAAGAAACCAACACAGUUUCUCAGAGAAAUGAAAGAGUUAGCUGGUGACUCAAUGACAGAGGACAUGCUUCACCAACUUUGGCUAGACAGGAUGUCAAAUCAAGUUAAACCCCUGUUGGUAGCAUCAUCAAACUUGACACUAAAUGCUAUGGCUGAAGUAGCUGAUAGGGUGAUGGAAGCCACUAGAAACUCAUUCGUCAUGGCUACAUCAGCAUGUAAUCAGAAAGACACCACACCAUCACAUACACAGCUUCGUAUGGAACAAAAAAUAGAAGGCCUGCAACAAAUGUUACUUGAUUGUAUGAAAGAAAUUAAAGAGUUAAAAGUACAAAGAAAUAACUAUCAGUCUAGACCAAGAUCAAGAUCCAGAUCAAGACCAAGAAGAUACUCACAAGGAGACAGCUUUUAUCAUAAUCAAUUUGGUGACAAAGCAAGACGUUGUACUCCACCUUGUACAUUUGUACCACAAGGACAGGGAAACUAA